AAAGAUGGCAGCUUCCUCCGAAAACACGUUGUUCCAGCUUGCGAUUCAGAGAGUACUUGAUAGUUGGACUGUUCUUCAGCUUGCUGUGAGUCACAGCUUUGGUGGGGCAGAGAGUAGAGAGAAAGCCCAAUGGAUGGUGUAUGCGAUUGACCAAUGGUUCAAAGAAAAUAAGAAUAUUGAGACAUAUGAACUAGAAGACUUUCUGGAGGAUGUGAUGAACCAUGAAUUUGACACCAUUAUAGAUGAUGGAAGUCUGCCAAGAAUAUCUGCACUGGUGUGUGGGCUGUAUCGCCUGAGCUGUGAGGGUAAAACAGAAGAGGUACAUGAGAAACUACAAUCUCUACCCCGUGCUCAGUUACAUCAGUGUGCCCGGGUACCUAAUAAUGACAAGGAUGAAGAUGAUGAUGAUGAUGAUGAUGAUAAUGAUGAUGAUGAUGAUAAUGAUGUUACCACGGAUACAGGAGGGGCUAGUGCUGCUGCUGCUGCUGCUCCUCCUUCACAACCUAUCUCACAGUCAGGACAAGGAAGUGGGUCUCAAUCAGCUGUUCCCAUGGAGGAAGAGGAGGAUGGUUGGCAAGUCGUCAGGAAAGGAAAACGUCGAUGAGGAUAAAACUACUACAGUGCAGUACAGAAUGCUUGAGUCAACUCAUGCUGAAGAUCAGGUGAUCUUCCAGGCCGGAACAGAGUGUCCUUGGGAACCUCAGGUCUACCCAUUAAUAGGACUUCAUCUUACUAAGGCCAACUUGGUUCAGUGAUUGUGGAACCAUCCAUCAUUCUAACUCCAUCAUGUGCUUUAUGCCCAUUAAAAACAUUGACAGAAAGAAAAAGAAAGGUGUAAACUUAAAGAUCUGCAAAAGACAAGACAAAUUUCAGAGGGGGAAACUUUUCUGAUAAAGUAGUUAGAUCUUCUGUUAAACCAGAGAAAAUACGGAUGAGCUUGUACCCCUUACAUAAUAUAUUUCAUCAUAUCAUUGGAACACUGGAACAUCAUUUCAUUUAUUUCACUGUGAUAUGCUAAAUUGUCUUUGUCACAUAUUAAUUGUAUUGAAUUUACUUUUAAAUUCAAACUGGUGACAAAGCAUUGAACACACUGUAUGUGUCCACCAAUAACUCCAUGAAUGGUAAUAAGCCGUUAUCACCAAAAGUGAUAUUUAAUUAGCCAAACAUCAUAAGAUGGUGGGCUAUUCAAAUCACAAUUUCAUGUGAAGUACUGGAUGGAUCUUUCUUAAAUUUUAUGGAUAGGUUCCUCUUUGUCCCUAGUUGUGCCUGUUAACGUUUGGGACUGAUCAGAAAAACAAAAUGACAGUUGGUCCUCUUGUGUUGCCAUGGUGACCAAAUGAAGAUCUCUUGGAGGAAUCUUAUUUGGACAUCCCUUCCAAAACUAUUGUUGAUUGGGGAGUGGAGGUUACAAGUCAGCCAUCCUAGCGACAGUUUUAGUUAUCACUAUUUCUUCAAAGGAUUAAUGUUCAAAUUUCUUAUCAAUAAAAGCAAAAACAGAGAAUGGAAAAGAUCUAACAUUCAAAGAACAAAAAAAAAGAUCAAACAAUGUUUGGCAUCAAAAUCCCUAUAGAGUCUUGUGUUGUCCUGAAACAAGCCCACUCCUUACCUGGAAUUUUUCCAUGGGCCCUUUGUAGGAUUGAUAUUAAUGUUCAGUUUGAUUCUGUUCAGACAGUAUUUAAUGAUGUCGGGACCAGUUAUGAUUUACACACAGCAUGACAUCAGAAUUUUGUGCUAUAUACAUCAAUGUAAUCAAUCAAAACUCCUUCAAUUUUUUUCACCUUUUUAUGAGACAACCAUGCUCUGCUUCUCUGUUUUAUCUUCAUAGCUUUUCCUGAGGUUACAGAGGUACAAUUUACCAUUUAAAACAUUAAAAUGUAAUUAAAGGUUAGACCACAAGUGUAUGCAAGUAAUCAGAGUGCAGCUCAAAUUUAAACAAAAACAUUUUUAUGUCUCUGCUUUUGAAAUCAGAUGAACACCACACUUUGUCAUUAUUCUGCAUUCAACAAUCUACAUUUAACUGUUGAAAUGUCAAAAAGACAGAGAACUUGUUGUGUUCUAUUUUAAUGAACUUUAAUGAAAAUGAUAUUUCAUGAAUGUAACAUAUACACUUGAAUUUAACCAGGCUUACAUCCUGAUUUAAUAUAUAACAAACGUUCUUCAUUACAUGUAGAUAACUUUAUUGUUAACUGAUACCUGUAUCACAAAACAGUAUUUAUUAUCUAUCAAUUGUUAAUGUUUAAUUACAUCGUUUUAUC